GUGUCCUACACGGCGGGGGGUGGCGCUGCGCUCGGUGUGAACGUCGCGAUCGAACGCCGCACACCACUGCACUUCGAGCGGCGCGGCCAGCGGCAUCAGGGCGGCAUGGCGGGGCCGUGCGAACUGGACCGCAACCUGCGGGAGUGCAAUGUGGUGUUGGACAGGUUGUUGCCCGGGGACGCCGAGGCCCGGAUGGCCCGGAUGGCCGUCAAGGAGUGCCGCGUGGUGCUUGAGAGACUGACCGAGGCUGCGGUGAGCGCCGCCGGCACCACCGCCAGCACCACCGCCGGCACCAUCACGACUGACGAGGACGAGGACGAAGACGAGGAACCGCGCACAACUCGCGUCUGGCGACGCGUUUUGAGGAACACUACCAAGACCACCGCGGCCUCCACCACGGUCCGGGAGCAGACCGGGAUGGGCAGGCUACGCAGUAGCGCGCGGUACCCCCUCCGACAGAAACGUCUGAGCCAGCAGGACACCGUCAUGGAGGUCACGAAGCGCAGCAGUUGGCGGCGAGGACGCACCAGGUCGAAGAAACCCCCUUCGAGCACGAGCACGGCCGUGUCUGUGAGGACCGGGGAGCUGGCGCGCUGUGCACAGACCGAGCCAACUGAGCCCGGGGCGGCUGGGCAGGCAGAACAGCGCGCGCAGGGAGACGCCGACACGUGUGAGGCCCCCGCCCCCACCCCCGCACCUGCGCCACCCAACGCACCCAACCGGCGUCUGCUGUGCUUCAGGGUCGUGAUCGAGGCCAUGGUGCGGCCCAGCACCGGCGCGUCCAUCGGCUUCGGCGCGCUCUUCGACGACGACGAGAAGGCCGUGCUGCAGCGCUGGCUCGAGCUGUCGGAGGGCGCGGCCGCCACCUACCUCCACCUGCUGGCGUCGCCCGGGCCGUGGGUGCGCGGCACGACCCUCGCCGCGUCCUGCCCGGGGCUGCGGGAGCACUUCGCCGCCCUCGAGAAGACCGGCUUCGUCUCUAGCG